GUUAAAAGCCAUUCUCCGCUCACCGACAGAGAUAGAGAGAGAGAGAGAGAGAGAGAAAAAAAGAAAGAGAGUGAGAGAGAGAGAGAGCAAGAAAGAGAGAUUGACCGUCGACGUUAAUUCAAGGCUGAUCUCAUAAGCAAUACGAGGUAUAUAAAAAAUAGAAAUAUAUACACUCACGUUUCAUUAGACAAAGACUGAUACAUGCAGAUAUAUAUGCAUGACUGAUAUAUAUGCAGAUAUCGGUAAUCCACGUCGUACUAAGGUAAAAAAAUCAGAUAGUCGCAGGCAGAGUCGAGCAACCACGAGGCGCAAUCAGCAGAUUCCGUUCCUUCGCGCUCCGACAUGAUGUCUCUAUUCGGUAGACUGAUCCUCGUCGCCAGACGCUGCAUGCCUCGCGACGGGGCCCAGCAGGCCACCAGAUUCGCGUCGACCUACGUCGAUUACAACGGCGAUGACGGCGGCGACGAUGUUUCCUCCGAUCCUUCGAUCAGGAAGUCAGUAUUCAUAUCGCAGUCCACGGAUGUGUUCACCAAUCUGGCGCUGGAGGACUGGCUCUACCGUAAUUACGACUUCGCCGACCGCCACGUGCUGCUGCUGUGGAGAAACGAUCCCUGCGUGGUGUACGGGCGUCACCAGAACCCGUGGAAAGAGUGCAACAUCCAGGCGGCCGAGAAGAGAGGGAUAGCUUUGGCGCGCCGAAACAGCGGCGGCGGUACUGUCUAUCACGACAACGGCAACCUCAACUUGUCGUUCUUCACACCGCGGGAGAGGUACAACCGCAAGUACAAUCUGCAGAUCAUCACGAGGGCAUUGUUCCGCGAAUGGCGACUGAAAAGCGUGAUCGACGAACAGGACGAUAUCGUCGUCGAGGGAGACUACAAGAUAUCCGGGGCAGCUGCAAAGUUGGGACGGCCUAAUGCUUAUCAUCAUUGCACGCUUCUGGUUGGUGUGGAUAAGAACAAUCUGAACUUAGCUCUUGAAAGAAAAGAGGAUGAUAUUAUCACGAACGCGACAACUUCUGUACACUCACCAAUAAAGAAUUUGCUUGACGUGAACUCAAAUAUCGGAAUAGAUAAACUUAUAACCACCAUUGGCAAGGAGUAUCUGCGCACGAAUGCUCUGGUUCUCAAAGACGGAGGGCAUAAAUUACUUCAAAAGCAAAUGGGAUUCCAGUUUAUCAAUCCAAGCGAAGGAUGGUUCCCUGGUUUAGAUAAACUAACCAACGGCUUCCGCUCCUGGAGUUGGAAUUUCGGUAAAACGCCGAAAUUCACGGUUACUCGGGCGUUUGAAGUCACCGCGCACGAUGGCAAAGCGCAUCGUCUGAACUUGCGCUUGGACGUGCAGGACGGCAUCGUGGAGGAAGUCCGUAUGAGCCUGCCCAACGAAUUAGCGUCGGCGGACUUGGAUCAGGACGCGAGUGUGGUUACUAAUCUGUGCGGAACGAGAUACAACCACGAAAUAACGGAUAAUAUAAUCGCUGCAAUCGGUUGCAAGAUCGACACGUCAAACACAAUUCAUACCGAGAACAAAAGCAACGUAAUGGCUACACAGUAGAUCGGACGCCUCCGACGAUCACGCGUGUAGUUGUAAUUGCGUCCAAACAGAGGUGAUGAAAGACAAUUCGGCUUUUUUGGGAUAUCUGUUUUAACAUAGAGCGACGUGGCUUGAUAUAACUUAACAAGUAAUAUCGUUAUCAUUUAUUAAUAUGAAAAUGUAUAUGUGGUGUAUGUAUGUGUACAUGUAUGUAUACAUAUAUACGUGCAUAUACAUGUAUAUAUAUAACGUAUUACGUAUGUAUAGUAUUUUAUAUAUCAAAAUAUCGAAAAAGUUUGUUAUUUGGCAGUAUAUCAAACGUUAUCAAUGCAAUGUUCAUAUAUUAUGCGAAGUUUAUUUAAAGAUAUAAUAAAAGACUAGACUAAUAAUAUA